AAAAGCUGUCUUCUUUAUAAAUAUAGUUAUGCUAAAAUUAGAUUUAUUCCCUUCAGAGUUUUUCUUUACUCUUAGCGAUUAAAUAUACUAGAAGAAAACAUUUUCAGGAAUGAUACUUACUCUAUUUGUAGUUUUCACGUUGCUCUUCUAUUUUCUUUAUUUACUUAGUCAAUAUGUAAAUAAUUAAAUUGAUCCAAAAUUUAGAUCCUAAACCUUCAUAGUCAAUCAUAAAUAGCAAAUUGAAUUCUCUAAUGAUCUUGUUGGAUUUGCAUUUUAAUAUAACUCUUCAAUGACUAUCGAUGAGUAUCAAGCAAAGUAAAAUUUAACAUAUCUAGUGUAUUAUCCAUAAUAUUAUUAUGCUGACAAUAUUAAUAAUAUUACUUUGCUUAUUGAUCUUGAUGUAAUUCCAUGCACAGACUCUUCGCUCUCAGGAUUAAAUUGUAUAGAUUUUUCAAAAAUAAGCAAUUAAACUUUAGUGCUAGAUAUCGGUAAUAAAAUCUACUCCUCUUUACAAAUUAAUGUUUAUGGUUGUUUAGAUUUAGAUACCGUAAAGACUACUAUUCCUUCUAAUUGCGCUUAAUAGACUGACAUAGAUAAUAUUAUUAAUGGUAUAGAUGCAUAAUUUUAUCUAAAAAUGAAGACAUAGUAAUAUAACACAACUUCGAAGUAGAUUUAAACUAAUUAUAGAAAUAUCUAUAGCUAUGUGUUAUCAUCUUAAAUGAUUAUCAAUACUUUGAAGACAUAGACAUAGGAGACUUCAGUAAGCUAAGGGUUGAUUUUUUAAUAAAGUUAAAUCUAUUCUUCGCCUUAUUAAUAUAGUUAACUUAUUUAAAGUUUUGAUAGGUAGCAAUCUUUAUUAGCAGGGCUAGGACCUUAUAUCUAAGAAAAUAUUUUGAUGGAUGAACUAUUACAAUAAUUCUAAAUUUAAUAUCCUACAAUCACAGAAAUUCUAGCCUUAGUUAACAGUAUUGCAUUUAUCGUAAUGUUUUCAAGAAUGGCUGGUAGGUUUUUCUCAAAAAGACUAAUUUAAGAAGACAUUUUUAUGCUUAUUUUCCGAAAUUUAUUUUAGGAAAAUAACUAUUAAAUCUUAAAGCACAAUAAACUGAUUGAAUAACAGAUAGAUUUAAAUAUUUAAUCUUCGAAUGAUAGAAAUGAAAUAGAUAAUGAUUAAAUAGAGUAAGAAAUUCCAACAAAUAAAAAGAUUCCAGCUUUUGAAACUAAGUUUAGAGAUUAUGUAGAAAAAUAAUAGGUUUAGAUGAGUUAUUCAGAUAAAGAAGCUAUUAACUAUUAAACUUUCUUUACUUAAGAAGAAGACAUUAAAGAAUAAUAAAGCGAUGAAGCAAGAAAUUUAAAUAGAACAAAUUUAGGUAUCCUAAAUACAAUGUCAAGAAAAUUAAUAAGCAUUUAGAAUGGUUAAAGUUUUAAUAAAAGAGCAUAAUUAAAAACCUAAAAUUCUUUACUUUUUAAAUAAACAACUUAAAAAAGAAUAUCUAUUUUUUAGAAUAGAUGUUCUUCAUAAUCUGAAUAAAUUUCUGUUAGAACUCCUUGUAAUAUUCAAAAUACGCUUAACUUAUCUUAUGAAUUGUAAAAAGAAAAACCUCCUUAAAAUAAAUAAAUACUUAAAGACAUAAUUUCAUCAAAAUUGAAAGCCUUACACAGUAAUAAAAUGAAGCAUGCCAUUCAUAAUUUAAUAUUUAAAUUCAAGGCAUUUAAGUCUAAAGCGUUCCUUUUGUAUAAAGGUAUUGAUCAUAAAUAAAUAAUGCAUAUUGAUUAAGAAGCUAAAAGGAGCUAAAAUAUCUAUCAUCUUUAUGAAGAUAUAAUCUUCUUAAAAAAAGCUAUUUCAAUGCUUCUAAGCUAAGAAUAAUUAGCUGCAAUCAAACUUGUAAGUCUGACAGAUAAUUAUUUUAAUCUAGAUUUAAAAAGUGAAUAGAUUACUAAUCAAUAUAAAAGUAUGUAAAAUAAGCUAAAUCAUUUUGAGAAAUAAUAUGUGCUAUUUUAAUCUGAAAAAUUACAAGCAGAAUACAUCGUUUAAUUUUUUAUGAACCAUUAAACUUAAAGAACGAAAAAUGAAAUAGAACAAAGAAUAAUAUCAAGUAUAAUAAAAAAUAAGUGAAGUAUCCCUAAAGAUUUGAAUGUAUUAUAAUAAUUUAUAUUAAGAAUCAAUCGUAUAUCAAAUUUUAG